UAAAGGUCAGCAAAUGCAAGAAAACAUCAGCCACAAUUAAAAUAUUUUCAAAUUGACAAUUAAUCCGGCAGCACCACAUGGGUUGUUCUAGGGUUGUUGUCGCUUUGAAAAUUUCGAUGUAUUGAAGUAUCGAUACGUGUGUCUUUAUAAAUCAGCUGCCGUCUCGGUUGUAUCUGCGGUUUUUGCAUAACAAAAUCUUUAAAUUAUCUUAAAACCACAAGAAAGAGAGAAAGACUAACCAAAAUUGUUGGAAACGAAAACGUAAAGAGAUAACGUAGUGCACUUACAUAUAGAAUACCAACCAAAAAAAAGUAAUGGGUCAAUACACGGCGUCGCAGCGCAAAAACGUGAGAAUUCUACUUGUCGGCGAUGCUGGAGUUGGCAAGACAUCGUUAAUAUUGUCGCUGGUAAGCGAGGAGUAUCCCGAGGAAGUGCCCCCGCGUGCUGAGGAGAUUACAAUACCGGCAAACGUGACUCCCGAACAGGUGCCCACCAAUAUCGUUGACUUCUCGAGUGUUGAGCAGUCUGAUGACGCACUGGCCGCGGAGAUAAACAAAGCGCACGUCGUAUGCAUUGUGUACGCCGUAGACGAUGACGACUCACUCGAUCGAAUAACAUCCCAUUGGCUACCCCUAGUCCGCUCCACAUGCAGUAACAGCUCAAAUGCAGACGGCGAGCCCGAUGUGGCGCGCAAGCCAAUUGUUUUAGUUGGCAACAAAAUAGAUUUGAUCGAGUAUUCAACCAUCGACAAUGUUCUCGCUAUUAUGGAGGACUAUCCAGAGAUUGAGAGCUGUGUUGAAUGCUCGGCCAAAACUUUGCACAACAUUUCCGAAAUGUUUUACUACGCACAAAAGGCGGUGCUGCAUCCCACCUCACCGCUCUAUAUCAUGGAGGAGCAAAAUCUAACACCUGCCUGCAAGAAGUCGCUAGUGCGCAUAUUUAAGAUAUGCGAUAUUGAUAGCGACAAUUUGCUGAAUGAUUACGAGCUGAACCUUUUUCAAAGGCGUUGCUUUAAUACGCCACUGCAGCCGCAGAUAUUGGAUGAAGUGAAGUCCGUGAUACAGAAAAAUGUGCCGGAUGGCAUAUAUAAUGAUGCUGUGACGCUGCAGGGAUUUCUUUUUCUGCAUUGCUUGUUCAUACAGCGUGGACGCAAUGAGACAACGUGGGCGGUGCUGCGGCGUUUUGGAUACAAUGAUCAAUUGGAAAUGUGCAAGGAGUAUUUGCGGCCGUCGUUGAAGAUACCGCCGGGCAGCAGUACGGAGUUGUCGCAUCGCGGUCAACAGUUUCUGAUUGCGGUGUUUGAGCGAUACGAUCGCGAUGGCGAUGGCGCGCUAUCGCCAGAUGAGCACAAAAUGCUAUUCAGCACAUGCCCAUCGUCGCCCUGGUCCUACUCGACGGAUAUACGGAAAUCUUGUCCGACCAAUGACAACGGUUGGGUGACUCUGCACGGUUGGCUGUGCCGCUGGACGCUGAUGACACUCAUCGAUGUGGUCAAAACAAUGGAGUAUUUGGCCUAUUUGGGCUUCAACGUUCAUGAAAAUGACAGCCAACUAGUCGCCAUCCAUGUGACACGGGAACGCCGCAUUGAUUUGGCCAAGCGGCAAAGCAGUCGAUCUGUAUACAAGUGUCAUGUGAUCGGGCCGAAGGGGUCGGGCAAGACCGGACUUUGUCGGGGUUUUCUUAUUGACGACAUGAGCAAGCUGCUGGGCAAAGAGUUCAAGACAAAUGUGGUUCACUGUAUCAACUCGGUACAGGUUUAUGGCCAGGAAAAGCAUUUAAUAUUGCGCGACAUUGAUGUGAGGCAUGCUCUCGAUCCGCUGCAACCGCAGGAGGUUAAUUGCGAUGUGGCUUGCCUAGUGUACGAUGCCUCCAAUCCGCGCUCCUUCGAGUAUGUGGCACGCAUAUACAUUAAAUACUUCGCGGAAAGCAAAAUACCCGUGAUGAUUGUGGGUACCAAAUGUGAUCUCGAUGAACGUCGUCAGGAUUAUCUGAUGCAGCCGACGGAGUUCUGCGAGAAAUACAAGCUACUGCCGCCUCAUCUUUUCAGUCUGAAGACAAAUAAAAAAGAGCUCUAUACUAAGCUGGCCACGAUGGCAGCCUUUCCGCGCUUUCAAGCCGCCUGGAUACUGUUCUACAAGCACAGGUAUUUGCGACAAUUCGGACUUAUGACUGAGGAUCCGAAAGUUUGGCUUAAAGCCGGCUUAGGCGUAGCUGCUGCCACGGUGCUGGGCUUUAUUGUUCUAAAGGCGAUAAGUGCAUCCGGAACUCAUUCACGUUAAGGAUCUUGAUAACUGCCCAAGAAGACACCCCCCACAUACAAACCCAAAUGUUUAGAAAUUUAUGUUUAUUUCGGUUUUACCUUCGCUUUCAUUUGUAAGCCAUUACAUUAUCUAAAUUUAUGGUUAAAAAUACCACACAAAACUCUUUAAGUGGAUUCAUAAAAGGAAGUUUUUCCGUUUUUAUGUCAAAACUUAGUGUACAUAUGUAUUAAGCUGCCCACAGACAAAGGUUAGGCAAGGGUAAUGAAGGGCACGGGAACAGCAAGCACACUUCAUACGUUGCAUUUCUUUACUUGGCUCUGUACUCUCUGAUAAUUAUUAGUAGUUUACAACAUAUAUUUAUGCCCAUUAGCAAUCGUAUAUAUUUAUCACGCAUUCAAUGCUGUGAUUAU